AGUCGAGCGUCGUCUGAUCUGAUCCCCCCGUGCGCGCGCUCGCACAAGAGCGAUCGAUCAUCGAGCAGAAGAGCAGAAAGCCAGAAACGCAGGCGGCCCACUGACCACCCGACCCGAGCGGGGAAGCAAGCUCCGGACCACGCGGAUGGGCUCGGGCGACCCGGCGGCCAACGCCCUCCUCCCGCCCCUCCUCCUCCGCCACCACCCCGGCGCGCUCUCCCUCUCCCGCUCCCGCCGCGUCGCCAUGGCGCGCGACGCCACCGCGGCCGCCGUGCCCGCGCUCCGCCCCGCCUGGCUCCUCGACCUCCUGCCGCUCCUCGUCGUCCUCCUCAUCGCCGCCCACGUCCUCGCCCUCGGAUACUGGAUCUACAGGCUCGCCACGGACGGGUCCAGGCAGCCCGCGCGGAGCAAGAAGCACUAAGGGCGCGGCGCCCGCGGCAGGAUGUAAAGCCUCUCGAACAUCGAUGCUCUACGUGGAGGUUAAUUAUCCGAAGCUGAGGAAUUCCUGAUUAUGCGAGUUGCUGCCUGCUGACUGCUAGGCUUAGGCAGCUGCUUCGCAAAUGCUAAUUGUCGUUGCAUGCUGGGUGCUAACCUUGAUCUGCUGCUCACUUUGGUGGUCUCUAUACAUAACUAGUUAUACAGUCAUCCAAAAAGCAAAGUUUUACCAAUUUUGCCUCAAUUUAGAGCAUCUCCAAGAGUUUGGCAAAUUCAACUUGGUAAAUCUUGUGAUUUGCCAACUCCCAAAACUAUAUGCCAAGUAAAAACAAAGCACAUCUCCAAUAGUUUGCUAUUUUAGAUUUGGCAAAAUGAGAAAAGAAGGCCCAAAAGAAAUAAAGAUCAGCCAUGUAAAAUGUUCUCUUCAGAACAAAAAAGAAACAAAAUUCUUUUCUGCCAUGAAGGAAGACGGAUUCUGUGGAUACAAAAUUCUACAGAACCCCUGAAAUUAGCUGAGCAGCCUUUGGUUUUCAGUUCUCAAAGCUGGUAGUAUUCUGGGCUGUGCCUUUGGACUACGAGGAUGUAUGCUUUAUUAAGCGCUUCUUGCAGAGCAACCUGUAUACGAAUGCUGAGUAAUCUAUUUCUUGUUCUUGUCAGAAUCUAUGUACUUGUUGACUUCCAAAAGAUACAACACAGAUAAAAUGUUUGAAUAGCUAGUGGUGUUUUUUUUUUUGGCAUUGGACAGUGUAUACAGAUCACAAUUUUUUAUAUUAGCUGUACAUAAUUCCUAUGUUCUCAUUUGUUUAAAUGGAUGGUUGUACAUCACUA